CACGGUCCCCAAGAUGAACUUUGACGACGACUACGACGACUACGAGUAUGACGGCUACGACGAGUCGGGCGAGUACACCAUGCCCGAGGCUGUGCGGUCGUUCCUGCUCUACUUCCGGCGUGCGCUUGUGGAGGGCAACAUGUAUGAGAUCAACGCGCUGUACGAGAACACGUUCUCCUCGCUGUCGAAGAAGUACUUCCGCAACCGCGAGUGGCCGCCUGUGGAGGCUGUGGUGGAGCUUGUGGGCAGCGACGAGGUGUUCCUCAUGUUCUACUCGGAGAUCUACUACCGGCACAUCUACGCCAACCUGACGCCGACGCUCGAGCAGCGGUUUGCGUCGUACGAGGCGUACUGCAAGCUCUUUGACCACCUCCUCGGGGUCGGCUCGCCCGAGGAGCUCCCGCUGGGCGUGCACGAGAUCCCGCCGGCGUGGAUCUGGGACAUGGUGGACGAGUUCAUCUACCAGUACCAGUCGUUCUGCCAGUUCCGGCACAAGACGCGCAACCUGUCUGCCGAGGACGUGGCGGCACUCUCGGACCACCCGGAGAUGUGGUCUGUGACGAACGUGCUGGCCAAGCUGUACGGCUUUGUGGCCAAGUCGAACGUGGAGGAGGUGCUCAAGGUCGAGCGCGCCAACCCGGACCUUGUCAUCUCGGGCGACGAGCCCGGCAUGACCUUUGGCUCGACGAACCUGUACAAGAUGCUGGGCUACUUUUCGAUGGUGGGCCUGCUCCGGCUGCACACGCUGCUGGGCGACUACCGGCUUGCGCUGCAGUCGAUUGCGGCGAUCGACAUCACGGACAAGCGUGCGUACUACACGCUCGUCACGGCUUGCCACAUCUCGCUCUUCUACUACCUCGGCUUUGGCUACAUGAUGAUGCGGCGGUACGUCGACGCCAUCGGCUCGUGGUCGACAGCGCUCAACUACAUCACGCGGACCAAGCAGUUCCACACCCGCUCGUACCAGUACGACUCGAUCCUUAAGAUGAAUGAGCAGAUGUACACGUUCCUGGCGGCGACGAUCUCGCUCUCGCCGCGGCGGAUCGAUGAGUCGCUGCAGCAGACGCUCCGCGACAAGCACGCCGACCGCAUGACGCGGAUGCAGAACGGCGACGUCAAGGCUUUUGAGGAGGCGUUCUCGCGGGCGUGCCCCAAGUUUAUCAACCCGGCUGUGCCCGACUUUGGUGACCUCGACGCCGAGGCCGGCAAGUACGGCUCGGCCUUCCAGGCCCAGCUCUCGCUCUUCCUCCGCGACGUCCGCGCUCAGUUCUCGGUCCCGCGCGUCCGCUCGUACCUCAAGCUCUACACCUCGAUGGCCACCGACAAGCUCGCCGGCUUCCUCUCCAUCGAUGAGGCCGAGUUCCGUACCCUCCUCAUGUGCUACAAGCACAAGACGUGCAACCUCAUCCACGAAGAGGAGUCCAUGGCCCCGCUCGACGGCACCAUCGCCUCGUCGUCGGACGUCACCUUUUACCUCGAGCGUGACAUGGUGACCAUCGCUGACACCAAGGUCGCCCGCCGCUACUGCGACUACUUUAUCCGCCACGUCAAGCGCUUCUCGGACAUCAUGCGCAAGAAGUAA